AUGGCCUCGUACUUUCACUACAACGCGCAGCCGGCGCACCCCACGUCAAUGUCACACAGCCAUCAUCACGCCGGCGGUCGCAAUCGCAGGGCACCUCGGCUCUCGGUGUCCCAGAACGCCCACCGACAGCUUCGCAGCGCCCGCGGCAUGAGGGACAUGAACGAAACGGCAGCCUUAUCGGCCUUUCGCCUCAAGUUCGAGGCGUGCCGCUCCUUCGACCUCGAGGACGACCUCGAAUUCUGCCCCAACCUGUUGACGGAAACGGACUUGGUUUCCAUCUCUAGCGCCUCGGAACGUUCGUCGCUCGCGAGCAACUCGCCCGAAUCCUCGCCCACGCAACAACCCCAGACGGUGACGCCGGGCUUCUCCCUCAACUCGAGCUCGCCCGCCUUCAUCCCGCCGAGCUACCCCAGCCACCAAGCGAACGUCAAGCUCCACCAUCCCUCGGCCACGCGCGGCCGCAACGCCAUCCCCAUCAUCAACCCCGUCACGGGCAUCUCCAUGUCCAGCCCGCCCCCUUCGGUGUCGCCGGCCGCCAUGCAGGCUCUCGGCCGCAGGUGGUAG